AUUAGAAAUUAUAAUUAUUUUUAUAAUAGAUCAACGAAGCCUUAUGGAACAUUGUAAGUUAUUAAGUUUGGCUCACUGUCAUUGUUAUGUGGUCGCAGUUUAUAAAUCAUUGGUGUUGCAACAAUCUCUUACAUAUGAUGAUAUGGAAGCAGCAGUAGAACAAUGCGAAGAAACUUUAAUUGAGAUUAAUAUAACAAAUUAUUUGCGAUCUGUAUGUAGACAUUUGAGCAAAUCAUCGGACAAAAACUUAUUAGACAAAAUAAAUUUUUUGGCAUGCGAUGAAGUUGUACCAUUACAUAAUUUAAUCAAGGAAAAGUUUGAAAAGAUAAUUACAAUUGCCUUUAGACCUGUACCGGCACAUCCAGAAUUUUAUUUUUGUUGGCCAUCUUGGUCAGAGAAUGAAACGGAUAUUGCAGAAUUUCAAAAAUCGGAUAGUGAUGAUGAAAUACAAAAUCUUAUGUUUCAAUCAGUAAAUAUUAAUACAUCACGAAAUUUUAAUAGAAAAGAAAAUACAACAUGGCCAGUCAGAAAUAUCAACAAUAUUUCGAAAAUUUCAAGGCAUGACUCCAUGGAAUCUGUUAACAGUGAUUUACAACAAAAAACUAUUUAUGAAAGAGACCAACCUUUGUUUCUGCAAUUAAGUUGCUCUAUUCGAUUCCAAACUAGAUCUGGUUUUAGUAGUAUUCCUGUAAAAUCCUUACCAACGUGUUUUAUGGAAAUUGUACAAAAGAUGGAAGAUUAUAAAGAAGAAAAUAUAGCUAAUUUAAGUCUAGCUGAUUUAAAAAUUACUUUGGAUAUUAUAUGUCUAAAUCUUCCAAGAGAAGUAUUGGAAAUAAAUUUAGAACAAUAUUCUGGUUUAAGAGCAACAUCUUUUUGUAGUGGUUCGCCUAUAGGUAGUUUACGAACAGAAAGUGGAUGUAGCUUGGAAAAUAAUGCUAGAAAUGAAUCGUUUCAAGAAAAAAUGUCGCAUUUACCUUUAAGUCAACAUAAUGCUAUAACCAAUUUAAAAGAUGAAAUUGAAUGGCUUUUGCAAGAUGAAACUACAACUGCACUCCUAGAUCAUCCUUUUAUAAAUGAAGAUAUUUUAAAUUUCGUUGCAAAUCAUGUUUCGGAAUCAACGGACAGAUUUAGUUGUAAAGUAGAAAAAGUUCCUUUAUAUUUUGUAUUUUCAUCAGACGAUAGUAAACCUAAAUUUAUAAGUGAGUUAAAAAAACUUCAAAUUGAUAAAUAUUGUAUUCGUCAAGAAGGAAAUUUAUUUUAUUUCAUAAAGGAUGUGGAACAGGUAUCGACUGAUAUCGUUUCUGAACAAUUUAAGAACGGAAAAAAAGAAUCAAAAAUAAAAGAUAAUAGUGUAAUAGAAAAUCUAGAAAUAGAAAAGUUACAAGAAAACAUAAACAAUUGUACAAAAAAUAAUCUCAAUGCAGAAUUUAAAUCCAAAGAAUCUUAUUCUAAUGAUCUAAUACAUGAGAAAGAAAACAUUGAGGAUGAAUAUAAAAAGAAUAUUGUAUCUGAAAAUAAAUUUCAAUGGUUAAUAGAUCUUGAUAAUCGUAAAAGUGCCCUACCUAAUUUCUGGUUAAUUUUAAACGUUGAAAAUGAUUAUGUAAAUGUAUACUUUCAUUGUAGAUUUUUAGAAAUUAUAUCGCCAGAAGUAAAUAGUUAUUGGCAUACUCAAAAAAUGUUAGUUUCUCAAAUAAAAAGUAUUUGUCGUCGAGUGAAUCAAUAUUUACUUCUACAAAAUCUUCAUAAAACAAGCAAAUGUUCAGAACUUUUAGAAACAGAAUCAAAUGAAGAUUAUAAUUGGAAAUCAGAGACGAUAAAUGAAUUUAGUAAUGUUGUACAAAAUAGAGAUUCAGCGCAAAAUUUUACUCCGGGAAUGUUUCGAUGUCGUGUUGUCUGGAAAUUUACCUUUCAACUGCAUCCUCGAUUAAAAACUGGUCCAGGAAGAUCAGGACUUUCUCGUGGUAUAAAAGCUCUACACGGAGUACUUAAUAGAUUUGCCGUUAGUAACAGGAAUAACAUGUUUGUAUAUCAAGAGAAUAAUAAAAAUGUAUUUUACUUAAGAUUACAUGAACAAAUUAGCGAUGGAAAAACUUUACAAAAUAAAUUAUCGGAAAGCGAUGAACAACUUGUUGUUUCUCGAAGCAAUAGUGUAGUUUCAUUAUCACAAGUUAAGCUAAAUGAUAAUUCCAUGUCAAAUGACACAAGGCCUAGAGUUCGAUCUUUUAGUGAGAAAGAAUCAAAUGUUUUAAAUAAAACUGAAGAUUCAAUUAUUUUAAUGGUACAUGGAAUCUCUGAUGCGGGGCCGGAAGUUAAACGUGAUUUAGUUCAAGUUUUACAAAAUCGUUUAGAUGAUGCAGUUUUAGAAGUUUUAUCUAUCAUGUUAGCAAGAAAUCCAAUGUGUAAAUUAACACCUGCCGAUGUACAUUUUAUUCAACCACCAAAGCCUCCAGAGUCUAUUAUACGGUUAAAUGUACAAAAACAUUGUUUAUUAUAUAUAACUGCUUUAGAAUUUUAUUUGCGUCAAAAUAUACUUCAGUUUUUAUAUAUACCAAAAUAUACCGAUAACAGAAUAGAAUAUCAUUUUCAAGAUUAUUCGCAACUCGAAGGAUCUACUAAAAGAAUUUCCGAAUCAGAUAUUUUUCUCUAUAAUCAAAGUCAUUCUACUGGAAGUAAAGGUAUCGCUUGUAUUGCUUUAGCAAUUACAGGAGAAUAUAUUGAUUCUACAAAAAUAGACGGUGAAUUUCCAAAAAUUAAUUUUCCUGAAACAAUAAAUAUAGAAGAUUUUAAAAAUAUUGUAUCAACAUCAAUUCAUGAUAAAAAUUCUACAGAAUUAUUACCUUUAAUCGAAUUUAAAAUUUGGAAACAAGGCCGAGUUAAUCUUGAAUCUUUGUUACAAAAAAAAUUAUGUUCUGCAGUUAAACAUGCAAUUUGGGACUUAGUUACGGAAUAUAAAUUUUUAUCAACAUCUUUAACAGAACCAUUUAUAAAAAAUAUUGAAGAAACAUAUAUUGAAACUAAAGAAAAUCAAACUUCAAUGAAAAUAGAAUCAAAAAUAAUACAUGAUAUGAUAAUUGAUCAAUUUGAAACAGGUGAAGAUGGCAAAUUACAUAGUAUUUAUUGCGUAAUAUUAUCGCAAUGGUUUCAAUUUGCUUUAGAAAUUGGAGUUCCAUCAAUAAAAAAACAUGAAAUAAUUCUUAAUCACAGACAUCCUAUAUCUACAAUUAUUACGGAAUUGGAAACUCUCAUACAAAGUCAAGCACCAGAUACUUCUAGUAGAGCUUUUGUCUUAAAAGAUAGACAACCGUUCAUUGAAAAACGUAUGUUAAAUGAAGAAUUAUUAACUAUAUUAAAAAAAAAUAAAUAUCCUAUAUUAGAAAGCGAAGAAAAGUCAAAUUUACCUCUUUAUGUACCAUAUGAUUUUAAUAAGGAUGUACAAGGAACUUAUACUAAAUGUAUUUUAAUAGCUAGAAAUUUUCAUCAAUGGAAAGCUUCAAUUAGUAAAACAGUACAAUCAGAAUUACUUAUUCCGAAAGAUCAAAAACUUUUACAAAAAUUUAAUCCUUUGAUAUUGGAUAAUACUAAUUUCGUAUCAAGACAACGAAUAUUACUCGCUGAAGUCGAAAGUGAUAAUAUAACUCUUUACAUGUAUAAUUGGUCGAAAGAAAAGUCUGAAAAAUUAAUAAAACAAGCCACAAAUUUGGGUACAUGGCUUUCAUCAAGAUCAAAUUUUUUUACAAAUGUAAUAAUGCAAAAAUUAGGAAUAUUUUAUCAUCGACCAAGAGAACAUGCUAAUUCACAAUAUCUUCAAAUUAUGGACAUGGAAAGUCUUACAAAAUUUUCUGCUGUAACAUAUAAUGAUGGAAAAGAUUGGUCGAAAUUGAAUACUAAAUCACAAAACAUAAAACAUAAUCAAUUUUCAUGGAACGAAGUAAUUGGUCAAACAAUGCGUGAUGUAAAACCUAAUAGCAUUUUUCAUAACAGUAUAGAUCCAACAGUGAAGGCAGUUUGCGAUUUGCAAGACUUACGAUCUCGCGAAAAAAAAGUAAAAGAAGAUUUGAAUAAAUUAUAUACAAUGUGGCAAAAUCGUAGUGCUACCCCAAACAUUCCAAUUUCAAUUAUUGCUUUAAAUACUUUCAAACAAUAUUCUCGUUUAAUACAUUUUUGUCAUACGCCAUUAUUAUUUUUACCUUCGUGGCGUUUACAAUCUGCUGCUACUAGAGAUCAUUCCCUUACAGCGCAAUCAACUUUAAACGCAGGCAUUAAUAUAUAUCAACAAUUAUCACAGCAAAUACAAAAAAGCCAAGAUGACCAAACAGAUAUUAUUAGAUGGCAUAAGGAAUUAUGCAGUUUAAUGUUGUCUGAAUAUAAGCAAUAUCUUCAUUCAUUAGGUUUUACUUCUGUACAAAUAGAAUCAUCUGAUAAAAGUUUUGAAGAACAAAUUCAGCAACAAUCUUAUUAUCUUAAAAAAUCAAUGCUUGGGGGAAUACUACUAUUUGAAAUUCAUUUAUCGCAACCUUUCUUUAUUGUUAAAUUACAUAUUAUUGAAUGCAGUCGACUACAGACAAAAGCAAGUAGUGCUUUAAUGAAUCAAUUUAUGCUAAGUUUUGUGGAUGCAUGUGACAAAAUCAAAAUUAGUAUGCAUCUACAUUCAUUUACAUAUGAUUUUCAUUUACGUUGUAUCCAUUCGUAUAUAGCUGGGACUGGACCUUGGUUAGUACAACAAGGUUAUCAUCUCAUUCAUUUUCUUGAUGAUUUUAACAAAUAUUAUAGCAAAGCUCCAAAUUAUGCAAGAAAUCUUAUAUAUAGUGAUGUAAUAACUAUUCGCAAUUUAGCGAUAUCCGGUCGGAAUUUAUAUUCUUAUUUAUUAUCUCAUGAGAAGAUUUAUAACAUGCGUGUAUUCAUAAUGAAAAAUGAUCUUCAUGAUUCUGAAGAAAGUGAAUAUGUUUUAGUAAGCUUAAAAAGUACUCCUUUAAUUAGUUAUUGUGACGUACAAGAUACAAAAUAUGCCGAUGAUUUUGAUGUUGUUCUUAUUGUAUCACAUUUAGAACAAUGUCCACAAGUAGAAAAAACAGAAAUUACUUUAAAAUAUUAUUUAAUGUUAACAAGCAAACGAGAAUUAUAUCCAAAGAGAGAAGUAGAAAAUAAUAAAUUAGGAAAAUUUCGUACAGUAUAUAGUAUCGAAAAAUCUACUAAUACUUAUACUGAGCCUCUUAUGGAUACUUUAAACGAAUCUUCUUCAAUGCAAGAUUGUAAACAAGAUACAAAUGAUAAAAAAUGUGAUACCAAAUUGUACAAUGCUAAUUUCGGUAUUAAUUGUAAUAGUACAGGUGCUCCAAUACCUCCACCAGUACCCAAUUCUCCAUUAACACAAAAUGUAAAUCCUCCAAAUGUCGCAGUUAAUUCUCCAUCUCCACAUUUAAUUCAAAUACGAAAAGAAUCAAUUAAUUAUUUAGGUUAUUAUUCAUCACAUGAACAGUUAAUGCAACAAACAAUAAUGUCUCAAGCAAAUGCAGCUCGUAUACAUAUAAUGAAUAUGAUAAAACGUGGAGCAUUGGAAUGUAGAACACAUCUUCUUUGGAAUAAGUUAUUAGAAGGUAAAUCUGCAAUGAAUUAUAUUGAAUUCUCUGAACUUUGUUCAUUGGCUCAUGUUGAGCCUUUAUCGAACAUGGAUCCAAGAUUGAAGCCAUUUAUUAACCAGCCAGUUUCUUGGUAUCAAGCUUUAUCAAAAGUUUUACAAAAUAAAUAUCAAGAACAUCAUAAACAAUUUAAUACACCAGAUGGAAAUAUUAGUCAUCUACUUAUAUUGCAUCCAAAUUUUUUUCAAGUUUUUAUGAUGUUAACUAUAGAUUUACAUGCUUCACGAGGGGAUUUAUACGCAGUUUAUUGUAAAUCAGAGGAAGCGAUUAAUGCUCCACGUUGUAUAGAAGAUACUUAUAAUUUAAUAGAAGGUUUUGUAAAUGCUUGUUGUUUCCACUUGUGGAUGGGUUUCUAUAAUUAAUAACAAUUAUACAUUCCAAACAAAUAAUUUUAUUUGUACUUAUUAUUUAUAUGUACUUGUAUGUAUUAAUUAACGUAUAUAAGAAACUAAUUAUAUUAAUUAAAAAAUUAUGUAUAUUUUCAUUGUUUGUUAUAUUGUACUAUAUUUCAUUACUGUAAUUUUUAUGAAAAAUAUAUUUUUUCUAAUUUAAAGAAA